CCCUCCUCGUCGAGAGUUGUAGUUGUGGGAGCAGCGUUAGCUUGUAGUUUUAUGCCUCAGCAGGCUAAUUUAGCAGGCUAACUGGCUUCCACGGCUGGAUAAUUCAUCGCCGUUACCCACAUAUCAUCUGAGAGGAGCUCAUCUUCCGGCGAGAUCAUGUCAGAUUUCUCGCUUGCAGAUGCUUUAGGAGAUGACAGUCCAAGUCAGGCAAAGAAAAUGGGGAACACAAACCCGUCAGCCCCUGCAGGUAACCCUCCACUUCCUGCAAACCCAGGAUGGCCAGGUUCAGCCCCGGGAGCUCCCACUCAGCCCUCCGCUCCGGUUGACUUUGCUGGUGGAUCAUCUGGCCCAGGAGCGCCAGGGCAGUUCCCAUUCCCCUCUGGUCCUGGAGCACCAGGACAAUACCCGGCACCUCCUUCAGCACCUGGUGGGUUCCCCCCUGGUCCUGGGAUUCCCGGACAAUACCCUGCACCAGGAGCACCUGGGCAGUUCCCCUCCAGUCCUGGAGCCCCUGGGCAGUUCCCGGGGCAGUACCCUGGGCAGUACCCACCUGAAGGAGCUCCAGGGCAACUACCUGGAGGCCCUGUGUCUUACCCAACUGGACCAUUUCCCUCUGGGCCUGGAGCUCCCCCUGGGCCUUAUCCAAACGUGCCUUACCCAGGAGGUCAGCCAGGAGGGAAUGGGAUGUACGGACCAGGUGGUCCAGGUGCAUUUCCCCCUCCAGCUGGCCCUGGCGCUUUCCCUGCAUACCCUGCUGGAGGCUUUCCCCCAAUACCCCCUGGGUCAUGGGGACCACCUGGAGGUGGAGGCUUCCCUCCUGCCCCUGGCCCUUUUGGUCCUGGCCCCGGGCCUAUGGGUCCAUUUGGUGGACCUGCAGCUCCAGGAGGCAUGUUGAUGGUGCCGUUUGAUCUCCCGCUUCAUGCUGGGAUUUUGCCACGACUUUUAAUCACGAUAGAUGCGGAGCCCGUCCCCGGUGCAGACAGGUUCCAGGUUGACUUUGUUAAAGGUCCAGAUGUCGUGUUUCACUUUAAUCCUCGAUUUCAUGAGCAGACAAUUGUCAGAAACUCCAACCUGGGUGGAUGUUGGGGGCCAGAGGAGCGGGAAGGAGGCUUUCCGUUUGUUCAGGGACGCCGUUUCGAGCUGAAGAUCCUUGUGGAGGAGGACUCAUUUAAAGUGGCGGUGGACGGCGUCCACCUGCUGGAGUACGAGCACAGAGUCGGCGGACUGGAGGAAGUGACCCUGCUGCGGGUGACCGGAGACGUCAUCCUCCACAGCGCAGCCCCGAGCAUGAUCUGAAUCUCAGAGCUACUAAACCACACGCCGUACCGGAGGCCUGAGUCACACUUUACCAUCGUAUUUGAAACCAUUUCAAAUACUGCGACGAGUUUUUGAGGCACAAUAGUCAGAGAAGUGCAAUCUUUACCCACCUUGCACUUCGGCUUUUAUUACAGAACAGAUGGCAGAUUAAGGUUUGCACAUUAUAAUGCUUUUCUUUUUUUUCUGGAUGAUAUUUCUCUUCUUUUUUUGCCACUCAAUCCAUUAUAUUUUAUGACGUAACAGUAUCAAAGUAGUGACUGAGAUAAAGUGCAUCUAAAACAGGCGUUUUAAAGAAAUUAAUUUAUACCUAAAGACACGAUUGUAGGCCAAGUGGAACAUAUUGUCCAUUAGUAUGCUGUAUUUUGUUUACAGUUUGUGUUUGUUGAUUAUUUUGUCCUUUAUAUCAGGAUCUCCAUCAGCCUUUGUAAUGCAUGAGAGUGUGAUGCUGAAAAUCAACUUUUCCCCCAAAACACCUCCAGGACUCACUGGUUAACACUCAGUAGGAUAAUGAUGCUGUUUGUUAAGAUGUAUUUAUGUGCGGACUUUGAGCUCCUCGUUUCUUCAGUAUUAAUCUUCCUGAGCGCUCAGACCGGGAGGUCGCGUAACGAGUUAUCGAUUUCAUGUUGAAGUCAAAUCUAGUGGUUAAAAAAAAGAAAAGCGAGGCUCAAAUUAAAGUAAAAUGUCGCAAAGCAGUGAGAUGGGGUCGCUUAUUUGUUGCCAAAGAUAACAGUGGUACAAUAUUUUGAGAUAAUACACGUAUAAAUAAAGGGCAACAAAGAAAUAAUGACUGAUAAUGCUGUCUGAGUCAGAAUAAUGUACUCUUUUCAUGAGCUGCCUGCCUGUGCACUUAAUAAAUACUAGUUUCCCUGUU